CUAGAAUUCCACUUCUGUAUAUUCAUAGAUCAUUGGUGUUGUUACUGCAUUGUAUGUGGUCCUCUUGCAUAGAGUCCUGCACUGUUAUUGAUAGCUAAUAAGCAUUUGGUCAUGACAAAAAGAGUCCUGCUAUGGGUAUUCUCCCCAUACGUGUUUUCGAGAUCCAAGCUGCUCAGCAGCUGGGCCUGCUGUAUAGGUGCCGUGGCCAAAAAAAGAAAAAAAGAAGGCUCAUCUGGUGAUGUAGUGGUCCAUGCAUGUGCACUGGAUUAAUCCUCUUCAACCAUUCUACGUGGUCCACUGAAUUAUUGGUCUGGCCUGAUUUUUGAGCUAUGCAACAUGCACAGUUGGUCUCACCUGAUGAUUGGACUGGAUGCUUCGCAUGUGCUGCGCUGGCGCGUGCUUGCGAGGAACAUUCAUAUUUUAUGGCAAAAAUAUUGAGUGGUUCAGAUUCAAUUGGGAUAAGUCUUUCAAUGGACAGGAUUCAUUUAGUCUUUGGUAUGUGACCCAUCUGUGGCAGCUACCUGUUCAAUGUGUCAACCACACACACAACCAUGUGCAUUUUGAAGAUUGGAGUGAAUUAACCAUUUUAGGAGUCGGUUGGUUGUCAAUUGUGUUUACACCCAUUUUUGGUACACCCAUGUGGACCAAUAAGAGGCCGCCAUGUGUCGGCACUAUGCGCCUAAUAAUGACAAAAUCCUACUCGCACUUGGGGAUAUCUUUUAUCCCCACCUCGUUUGGAGACACGUCACCUGCCAAAAGUAAAGUCGCGUAGAGCCGUAUGCAUGUUUGCAGAAAGAUGAAGCGACGAAUGACACGUGUGACUGAGGCAGAGUGUUCGGUAAGUCUAUAAAAGACCCACCGAGACAAGGCUGUUAUCACAAAUCCGGAUAUGCUCAAUAAGGCUGUCUUACACAAUCCUUCCAAAAUGGGAGAUCUUUCUAGAGACGAUCGGAGCUUUCGCGACGAUUAAGAAGAUUCGAGAAUUGGAUCAAUAUCAGAGCGGAUGGGAAGCAAUGUAUUGGGAUUCGAUCUGGAUCCAGCGAGAUUGAUCUUGUAAGAUUGACGGAUCUCCACGGUCGCGCUGGCUAGAGAUAUGAAAACGGUUUAUGAUCUUCGAAGAUCUCUUUGGCUAGGUUGGGAUGAUCAGAGAACAACUAAGCGCCGUGAUUGUUAAGAAUCCUGGAUCAACAAGGGUUUUGCCGCCUCCCAAACUUAUAAAAGGAGAACGAGAUGGAGAGCUCCAUGCCCAUGCCAAACACAAUCAAUCUACACAACGCAUAUUCUAGUUCCUCUACUUUUGUCCAGCCACGCCACAGAACGUUUGAGGUUUAGUUAACUUAGAUCACUAUUAUUCAGAACCAUCGCUGCAGUACACUUAGGAGUUGUGUAAAUAUCUACGACUUUCUGUCGUUGGAUCUUGAUCAACCGAGUCCUUGGAAGAUCAAACCUUGGUCACAUCCUGCCGACCAUUCACUUCGAUCGUCUGUCCAUAUGGGCAAUUCAGGACAGAAAAUCUCCCAUUGGACGAAUUCGAUGAUGUUUACAUGUUGGAUUUUGUGGGACCUCCUUGUUUUGUCAGAGAAAUCUCUUCUAAAGUUAGAAGUGUCAUCAUAUUAGACCAUCACAAGACUGCACUUGAGACAUUGCGUGAAACUACUUCAAUUGGCAAGAAUGUGACCAAAAUCAUUGAUAUGGAGAGAAGUGGGGCUACAAUUGCUUAUGAUUUUUUUAAGGAGAAGCUUUUAGGAAGAACAAUUGGUGCGGAUAAUCAUAUAGGGGGAGAUGUUGUUAGUGCUAGCUGUGGUCAAUUGGUGCCUGAAAGUGAACUUGAAAGGGUUAAUCGACUUUUCAAGUACAUUGAAGAUGGAGAUCUAUGGAGGUGGGCUCUUCCAGAUAGCAAAGCUUUCAGUAGUGGGAUGAAAGAUUUGAAUGUUGAUUUCAAUGCCAGAUUAAACGUGACUUUAUUUGAUCAGUUACUGGCAUUGGAUCCUCAGUUUCUGAUAAAUCAAGGGCAGAUGACCAUAUCACGUAAGCAAAAAUUAAUAGAUGAUGUCCUCGAGCAGUCAUAUGAAAUUGCACUUGGAGGUGGAUUAUUUGGAUACUGCUUGGCUGUCAAUGCUGAUUCUGUUUCAAACCUGAGGAGUGAGCUCGGACACCAGUUAGCUGAUAAGAGCCAUAAUCUCCAGUUGCGGGGCAUUGGAGCUGUUGUGUAUAUGGUUCCUGAACUUGAAAACAAUCAGUUGCUGAAAAUAAGCCUCCGGAGUGUGGGAAAUGAAGACACGACACCCAUAUCACAGAAAUAUGGAGGAGGUGGACAUCAAAAUGCAAGUUCCUUCAUGUUAAGCUCGGCCGAGUUUGAGAAGUGGAAGGUUGGAGUCAGGCCAUUGGCAUAGGCAGCAAGCGAUGAUCUUUUUUCGUUCAAGUUACUGCCAAUCUCCUGCAUGCAUGUAUGUACAUUAUUUAAUUUUUGCUGUCGUCGUUCAAUGGCAUUUCAAGGUUGUGCUGCUGUAGUCAAAAGCAGUGGAAGAAAGGGGAAUAUAUAUCCUGUAAUGAAUUUAUUUGCCUGUAUCAUAACAUGGGAUUGUGUUA